CUAUUUGGCUCGAUCCGCCCACCCUCUCCAGCUGCUGUCUGACUACCUGUGGAGGUGAAGCCGCCACAAGGCGCCACUCCCGCGGACUAUACGUCGUCGUCGUAGUCGCUGCUGUUUAUUCUACUUUUACACUCAGCCAUGACUGUUUGGAGUUGUUGUCUGCUUCUCGUUCUUCUUUGUUGUCUACACACAUGCUUGUGCGACGACACAGAUCCUCUGCGAGGCUGGACAGGCACUGAGACCAACAGGGGUCUUUUGGUGGACCACCAGGUUGUGUCUGCUCUGAGCAGCAGGCUGACCACCGUCUUCCUGCCGGUGGUCUACAUCGUGGUGUUCGUGGUGGGCCUUCCCACCAACGCCAUGGCCAUCUGGGUGUUCCUUUUCCGCACCAAGAAGAAGCACCCGUCGUCCAUCUACAUGGCCAACCUGGCGCUGGCUGACCUGUUCUUCAUUAUCUGGGUCCCACUGAAGAUAGCAUACCACUUCAAUGGCAACAACUGGAUCUAUGGCGAGGGCCUGUGCAAGGUUCUGGUGGCCUUCUUCUAUGGGAACAUGUACUGCUCCAUGGGCUUCAUCGCCUGCAUCAGCGUGCAGCGCUACUGGGCGGUGGUCCACCCACUGGUCCAGCAGAGGCGGGAGAACUGCGUGGCCUACAUCGUUUGUGGGAGCAUCUGGGCGGUUGUGUGGCUACUCACUAUCCCGCUUUACCUGUACGACCAGCAGGUCCAAAUCGCCAACCCCAACAUCCUCACCUGCCACGACGUCACCCGCCCGGGCCAGAGGAAGAUAGCGGCAGGCUACUUCCUGACCAUGGGCACCGUGGGCUUUAUGGUACCGGCUGUGGUGUGCGUGGUCUCCUACGUGCUCAUGCUGCGGACCCUCUGCAGCAGCAUGACAGACCCGACCGUCGGCAAGCAGCGUCGCAAGGCGGUGGUGCUGAUUGUCACCGUUCUGCUGAUGUUCCUGGUGUGCUUUGCACCCAGCAACGUCAUGCUGCUGGUGCACUACGUGCUGCUGCUGAAUGAGGCCAAGAACAACAUGUACGGCUUCUACAUCACUACACUGUGCCUGGCCAGCCUCAACAGCUGCAUUGACCCUUUCGUUUACUACUACAUCUCUGACGACUUCCGACAGCACGUCAAGAACACCUUCCUGUGUCGCAGCGAGCGCACCGUGGAGCGCAUGAGGGUGUCCUUCAGCGCCCUCAAGUUCUCCAAGAAGAGCAACACCUACACGUCCGAUUCUGGGGCCAACACGGGGAGCACAGAGUUAAAAAUGGACUCUGCUCACUUUUGGACACUUUUGAUCGUUUUGUGUCACAUUUGGGUCGCGGAUGGUGCAGGAAAAGGACGUGGUUUCGUCGGGGUCAUAGAUUCCCAAAACCCAGACCUGGUGGUCGUGGACCGAUCCACGGCGGAGACACUGCAAAGCCAGCUGACGACCGUCUUCCUGCCGGUGGUCUACAUCGUGGUGUUCGUGGUGGGCCUGCCCACCAAUGCCAUGGCCAUCUGGGUGUUUCUGUUCCGCACCAAGAAGAAGCACCCGUCGUCCAUCUACAUGGCCAACUUGGCGCUGGCCGACCUGCUCUUCGUCAUCUGGACGCCGCUGAAGAUCGCCUACCACUUCAGCGGUAACAAUUGGAUCUACGGUGAGCCGCUGUGCAAGGUUCUGGUGGGCUUCUUCUACGGAAACAUGUACUGCUCCAUCAUCUUCAUCGCCUGCCUCAGCGUGCAGCGCUACUGGGUGGUGGCCCACCCGCUGUCCCAGCAGAGGAAGAACAACAAGGUGGCCAUUGGCGUCUGUGUGGGCGUCUGGGUCUUCAUCUGGCUCAGCACCACGCCGCUCUACCUCUACCAGCACACGGCCCAACUACGAGAGCCCGCCAUCACCACCUGCCACGACGUCAACAUCAUCGAGGACCCGCUGGACCCCUUCCCAUCCGUGCAGCUGCCUUUCUUCUACUUCAUCUGCAUGGGCCUGGUGGUGUUCCUGGUGCCGUGCGUGGUCAUUGUGGUGGCCUACGUCCUGCUCCUGAGAGCCCUGGGCCGGAACAUGGACGACAGCACAGCGGCUAAGAACCGCAGACGGGCGGUGGUUCUGAUCGUCAUCGUGCUGCUCACCUUCCUGCUGUGCUUCGUCCCGAGCAAUAUCAUGCUGGUGGUGCAUUACUCGCUGCUGAAGGACGGCGUGGAGAACAACGGCUACGGCUUCUACGUGACCACGCUGUGCCUCGCCAGCCUCAACAGCGUGCUGGACCCGUUCAUCUACUACUUUGUGUCUGAGGACUUCCGCAACCACGUGAAGAACACGCUACUGUGCAGGAGCAGCCGGACUGUGGAGCGCAUGAGGGUCUCCUUCAGCUCCAUGAAGUACUCCCGGAAGAGCAAGUCCUAUGUGUCUGAUUCGGGGAACACACAGAGCAGCUCUUGCUAGCCAAUGCCGCUCGUGCAAGGAUCACGCCGGUCGGUCUGGUUAUGACCGGGAACCAAAGAUUUUAGGCCAAAUGGACACGGAUGUUUAGAAAAAAUCAGAUUUGACUUCACAACGGAUAUUUUGGAAAACACUUGUGGAAGUUUUCGUGUGGACACGUGGAAAACGGUGCUUUUUGCUUGUGUUGUUUGCUUAAUUUAAAAGUAUUUUUCCACAACAGAACAUAGUUUUUUUUAUUCACUCUGUUGUGUGUGGACAUCAGGAAGAUGUUGAAACAUCCGUCAAUGCUGGGAUUGACUUUAGCCUUGUGAAUAUGGAGGAGCAGCGAGUGGAGACUCGACACGUUUAACCUCAUUAUCCACUUUAGUGUUUGCUUCAUGUGCAGAUUUAUUUUAGCGUUACAGUGUAUUGUUUUGGUAAAUAAAUGCUAAAUAU